AUGAACAAGUUCGUAGUAUUCCUCGCUGCUUGCAUCCUCUCAUCAGUAUUGGCUGUGCCAUUGAAGGAACAUCCUAUGCGGACGCUGCCGGCUUUGGAGCAUGAAGAAAUCCAUGAUCAGUUCGGUCAGUUUGCUCUCCGGUACGUGACACCUGAAGGAACAGUUGUUUCUGAGCGCGGUCGUCUCGUACCUACCCCUGAUGGCACUGACUACGUCAUGAUCGUUGAAGGAGAGGUUUCCUACAUUGAUGAUGAUGGCAAGACUUAUGUCACCAAGUACACCGCAGGUAUUGAUGGAUACCAUGCUGAGGGCAAUCAUUUACCCGUUGCGCCUAAAGUGCCUGAGCCGGAAGCGCAUUAA